AUGAAGAAAACAUGCAGCAUUCUCAUGAUCGUAGCUAUGAUUACAAUGAUGUUUGGAGCACAAAUUUCUCAUGCAACCGUAGAAAUGUGUGUUAAACAUUGUAUUCCAAACCAAUGCAUGAAGGUGGCGACACAUCCCGAUCCAAUGAUCUGUGAAGCAGCUUGCAAAAAGCUUUGCAACGAACAACUUGCCAAACAUGAAGAAUACAUUGUUCCGGUAAAAGAACGCAGUACGCUAUACAAAGCCUUAUGCAAAUGGUUGAACUGCAAGCAGUGA